AUGACAGAAGCAAAAGAUCCUCGGACUCCCAGGCAGGGAGCUCUGCAUCCAAAGAAUGAUGACGACUGUUUCUCAGAGUCGGAUUCCCUACGCUCUUCGCUAGGAUCCCAGGCGAGUUCGAUAUUCAGCCCUAACGGAUCAGUCUCCAGUGACAAUACUAGGUCUGACUGGUCUCCAACCCCGGGUACUGAAGGAGACAACUUAAAGGAACUGUCCACGCUCCACAUCCCAUCCAUCAAGUUUGAGGAUACUGAGACGGUAGAUGGGUCGCUAAAGGAAGAACUAGAAGCCUCAGCAGAUGCCUCUACACGAAAGUCUAUGAGUACCACAAGUCUUCGACCGAAGUCGAAUCGUUUACCUCGAUCAACAACGACAGUGAUCAAGGCGGAGAACGGCCAUAUUGCAAAACUAAAUCUUCUUGAAACAUACAACCAGACCGUCAGAGACCGACAUGCACCACCUACCUCAAGCGACCUGCAAACCACGCGACGACGAACGUUCAGUCUCGUCGUGGAUUUUAGAUUCGCAGAUAACAAAAGAUAUGGAACGGCAAGAACAGCAUCGCGAAUUCAAAGCGACAUCGGCGUCGAGUCAGACUAUGUAAGAGCAGCAAUGUCUCGGCCCGAGAUUAGGGCUGAGCAGGAUCCUGCGCAGGCUGAUUGUUUAUAUUCAUCAACACCUGGAGACUCGAUCAAUAACGCGCUUGCUUCGAAUGAAUACAAAGAUGAAGGGGAUAUUAAAGGCCCACUAGCUAAGCUUCUCCCGGGUUCGACGUGCGAUCUUCUUAUUCAGGACAGCUUGUCAUGUAUCGCAACAACUACGAGCACCAAUAGGCGAUGCAGGAAAAAAAUCCAACGACCCGACAUUACUGCAAUUCGUAACCAACUCGCCAACAUCCACCAUUGCGGAGUUGACGCUGUUGAGGAAAGAAUAAACGAGAUUCUGAGCUUGGUCCUAUGCCAUGUGCAUCAGCGCGUUGCGAGGAGGCAGUUCCCUCGGUUGCUCGAAGGGCCAUCGUCGAAACACCAACCUGGAUCGCUACUAGUACUUACGAGAUGGCUGGGAAAGGUCUUUGGGGGUGAUUAUCCGAUCUCUCAUUCAGUGGAUGCUAAAUACCCCAAAACAAGGAGAGCUCAAGUUAAUAAACCGUUGCCAACAGGGAGACUUGCCCCUCCACAAGCCUUCCAACCGCAUCAAGCAGCACUUUCCAAUGAGCCCAUCCAGACAGAGCUACGAAAAUACCUCACUCGUCCGCUGGCACCUACGGAUAGCACAAAGACAGGUUUCAUAUACGUCUUUUGGUACCCUGGGGGCUUUGGACACGUGAAGAUAGGGUACGCCAAGGAUAUCGAGAAGCGAAUGAACGAAUGGUCGAAGCAAUGCGGGAGAACGCCAGAGAAGUACUUUCCUUCUGAACAAACAGAUCUGGAACCCGUGCCUCACCGAUUCCGAGUUGAGCAACUCGUCCACGCCGAGCUGGCCAGAUAUCGAAAGGUGGAGCCCAAAUGUGGGAAGUGCGGGCGGAGGCACGUUGAAUGGUUUGAAGUCGACGUGAACUUCGCUAUAUCCGUUGUACAGAAGUGGGUGAAUUGGAUGCGAGAACGUCCUUACGAGCCGGUUGAACUAGAGAAUGGCGGGAUCAGAUGGGUGCUCUCUAAGCGGCAUAUGGAUAAUAUUGCACUGCUCAGUACGCCAUCUACGCAUAUACCUAUACGUAAACCCAAGCCAAAACGAUCCUCAACGCGUCGAAAGUCUGUCCGUUAG